AUGUCUACACUAAUAACUGCCGUAUUUAAAACUACUAUCGGUUUGCUGGUGAAUAAAGGAAGAGACAAACUGGCAGAAAAGUUGAAUGAAGGCGAUGUUACCGGUCAGAAAUUUCGAGGACUGAUCGUCCGUGAAAUGGACGAAAUGCAGAAGAAGUUGGACGGGGUAGCAAGAAAGGAUUUGUUAGCAGGAAUCAGCCUUUUUCGGGAAGGAAUCGAGUUGUUGUAUGAAGUCUUUGAAAGUGCUAAGUCCAGUAGCGAGCAUCGCGUGAUAACAGCAGAAGCAACAGUUGAGCAGUUCGAUAUUGCGACAGAAAUGAGGAAAAUGGAGCUUAAAGUCUUGGAUAAAUCCUCCACGAGGAAGCUUAGCAAAGCCAAGAGGAGAUUUGAAGAAGCUCGUCUAGAAGCAGUAAAAGCUUUUAGUAAUGAAGCAUUGGAGUUGCCUGAUCGUCUGUUAGCUAUGCAGUAUCGACUGAUGGCGACAGUGCUUGAGUCAGUAGACAAUCCUACCGACGCGUUAGGAGCUUGUAGAGUGUGCCUUGAAGAGUUACACCGAGUGCCAGCUGUUAAAGAAUCUUUCAAAGUUGAGUUGGAGGUCGGAUUGCGAUUGAGGGCUCGCUUUAAUAAAGACGAACGAAGGCAAAUUAUUUUCUCUGUCUGUCACUUGAAUCGUGUUGUCUGUAAUGUCAUGCAAACGCUCCGUGACGGAAAAAUGUGGACGUUGCCUUCGGUCGAUACCGGGAAAGAGACAGUGGAUCCGCUCCGCGACGGAAGACUUGUUAACGCAUUGACGAAACAAGGAAUGGAACAUAGCUGUUUACUGUGGUCAUUUGGUCAUGGGGGUGAAAACAAGCUGAAGGAUCCGAUGGGAAUUGCUACAAACACCCAGGGCCAGUUUCUUGUAGCAGACUAUGGGGAUAAAACCUUGAAGGUGUUUCACCCCAACGGAAAGUUUGAUUUUAGGUUCAAUCCUCAAACUGACGACGCCGAUACAUAUUUACAGGUUUGGGAUGUCGCCAUUGCGCACGUGGAUGAAAAUAUCUAUCUCCUGGUGAAACUGAAGAAGAGGUCGUUGCCAUGGUAUGAGCAGCUAGGGGAAGUGCGACAGGAAGUGCAGGUAUUUAACAAGACAGCUGACUUACAGCGCAAGUUUCCUGUGAGGACAGCAAAGAGUUGCAUGGGUGGCACCAGACUGACAGUGAGCAGCAGCAAAAUGCUGCUGUUGACAAAUAACGUUGUUGAUGUUUACAAGCUCAGUGGUGAGUUUGUUUGUAGCUUUGGAGAAGGCGUGUUCAAGUGCGCAAGAGAUAUCACUGUUACUUGUGACGGUCGCGUCAUGGUAUUGGACCCGAUGAGCCCAGACUGUUUCUGUUACUUAUUCACUGUAGAGGGACAACAGCUCGCCAAAUUUAACAUCAAGAUUGAACAAGAUCGAUAUUAUGCCAUUGCAUGUCACCCGACAAGCGAAUAUGUCGUUUUUGCUGGUCUUGCACUGGACACAUGCCACCUGAAGCUUGCUAUAUACACCGUCAAUGGCGAAUUUGUUCGGCCAAUUCAGCUGGAUGAAAAACUAGUUUUGCGUCAUGAUCAAGUACGUGGAAUUUCAGUGACCAAGGAGGGACACAUUGCGGUAGCUUUUCGCGACAUUUAUUUCAAAGAAAAGGUACUAAUUGCUUGA